AUGAACGGUCUGUUCUCAAGCUCCUUCAAGAAGUACACAGACCUGAAGCGUCAGGCCUACCUGGACGACAUGGAAUCAGGUGGAGAAGCUGGAAAGGAAAGCGUGAACCUUGACAGGUUCUUCGAAGAUCUUGGUUGUGGCCCUGACUCCUCUGCAGAUCGUACUCGAACAUUUGUCGUUGCUGGGUUGGGGAAAAAACUCAAAGACAUGAUGGACGAUUUUCAAGGGCUGAGAGCAAAGAUGAAUAUCGAGUAUAAGGAGACCGUAGAGCGCAGGUAUUUCACCAUUACAGGUCAGAAAGCUGAUGAAGAGACAAUUGAGAACCUGAUUUCAAGUGGGGAAAGCGAGAAUUUCUUACAGAAGGCGAUGGCUUUUACUUGA